AUGCCUCUGUCUAUCAAAAGCAAAACAGUAAAGAGUAAAGAUGAGAAUGAUGAAAUGUUUGUUCUACCAUCUCCUAGUGAGGCUUUUAGUAAAAUGAAAAAGAAGCCUCCUCCUUCAUCAUCGUCUGUAUUGCAACCUGAAGUGGCAAUGAGCAACUCAUAUCCAACGAAUUAUCAUGAUUUGCAACAACAUCAUAACCCAAGCCAAAUCAAUAAUACUGAUCUGCAACGACUUGGCAAUCCUUAUCAAAGGCCUCAAAGUUAUAUUAGUGUUACACUGCAAGGAUACUAUAUAGGUGAAGAAAGACCUGCAUCUCCAAUCCAGGGGCCUGCUGCUAGUAAUCACAGUAGCUUCAGUGUUGGUAAUUACCACAAUGAUAGCAGUAAUUAUAGUAAUUAUGGUGAUGAAAGCAAUAACUAUAGUAAUUAUGGUGAUGAAAGCAAUAACUAUAAUAAUAAUAAUAAUAAUAAUGAUAAUAACAAUGAUAAUAACAAACAAGGCCAUGUGAUUGCUUCUCAACAAAAUUUGGGAACUUAUUCGGCAAGGCCAGUUGGUGCGCAAUUUAAUUCACCUGCUAGUCUGGGCUAUCAUCCGACUGGUGGUCAUUAUCCACAACCCGAUCAUCCCCAAUCAGCAAAUAUGAAUCAUCAUAGCAGACACCAAUCGAUACAAAUAAGUGAAGAUCAACAAUUAAAAAUGUUUUUUGAUAGAAAUGAUGUAUAUCAUGACGGGAGAAUAGACUGUAUUGCUGUGGGAAAAUCAUUGAAAAACUUUGAUAAGACCCACUUUCGCGAAAGUGUGGUUCAGAAAUUAUUUGAAUUUUAUGAUAGAGACCAGAAAGGAAGACUAGAUUUUCAGCAAUUUAGAGAUCUUUUCAAGUAUGUGAAGUUUUGGAGAGAUGUUUUUGAUGAAUAUGAUAACGAUGGAAAUGAAGCCAUCGAAUUUAUAGAAUUCAUGAAUGCUUUAAGAGCUAAGGGCUACAAGAUUGAACAGAAUUUGAUAGAAAAAGUAUUUCAGAAAUUCUGCUAUGAGACUGAAAGCAGAAGAUUUAUGAAAUUGGAUUCUUUUAUUGAAGCUGUGUUGUUUGUAUUAUUGUUGACAAAGGAUUUUGUUAGUUUUACUGUUAAUCCUGGCGAUGAGACUGCACCUAUUCUGUUUGACGCUCUAUUCAGCUUGGUAUUGAAGUAUAUGCAGUAG